AUGCUGCAGCUACCGCUUGUCUUCGGUGCUGGCCUCAUUGCCAUGUACGGCAAUGGAGGGCUUGCAGAGGCACUUUCAAAUAGUUCUGCCUCUCAUAUGGGGCAAACUAAAGGUGCCGACGAGCUUCCGGGGACCGAAGCAUUGAUGAAGUCUAAGCUUAUUGCUGCCAUUGGAGCCGAAGCAGCAACCGACGGCCCUACAAAGGACGAAAAGAGUGAAAGCAGCACUGUAAGCAACGUAAUUAGCCUUGCUGGAACUAACCGAAGGAAAUGUGAGACUGGAGCAAAAGCAAACACACAGAAGAAUUAUGGUAUUGUUAUACCCGUCCUCUUUUCUACGGUCUUUGAUUGCCAAGCGCUAUUUGAAGAAUCCUAUUCUUCCGGAUUGAAGUAUCUCAAGUCGAAAAAUUUGGACCCGAAAAAAACCUUAUACGAUAUUACGAAGAGCCCUUUUGACAAUGUUUCUGCGAGCAAUGUACCAUAUAUGAUAUCAACUCAAGACAAUCAGGUGUCAUGUGCCGUGACCAACAACUGCGACGCUGGGCGCAAUGUUCUCUAUUAUGCAUUUAAGACAAAUCUAAAGUCGAAGGAACCUUUCAGGUGGGGCUUUCUUCUUGAUCGAAAAGCUUCGGCACAAAAGCAGCAAGUUAAGCAGGUGAUCUCCUACCUCUUCAAUCAUCGAUAUUCCCCUCCGAUAUUACAAAAAGUGUCUUUCCGUUGCUUUGCUGUUGAUCGUGUUUCUCAAUUCUGCCCGCUAUCAAGCGCUCUUAGCCCGUCAGCCAAAAGCGGUCGCGAACUCGGCGAUCAGCCCGUCCAUUGCCACUGCCCUGGCAUCCUUCGCCGUUCUGUUCACUUACUUUUGAGUCCUUGGCAUGCUCCCGGAGUAGGAAAAGCUUUGCAAAGGCCGUUUCGGCUAUUCUUGGCAUAG